AUGACUGAUCAAACAAAUAGAGAUGAAAAUGAUCAUGAAUGCGUCUCCACUAAGAAGACAGGUCUUGUGAAAACGGGCACACACUGCAUUACCGGUCGUAAAGUUGCUGUGAAAAUUGUUAAUAAAGAAAAACUUAGUGAAUCUGUUCUUCAGAAGGUGGAGCGAGAAAUUGCAAUUAUGAAGCUAAUUGAACAUCCAAAUGUGCUCCAUCUCUAUGAUGUGUACGAGAAUAAAAAAUAUUUAUAUUUAUUGCUAGAACAUGUUAGCGGAGGAGAACUGUUCGAUUAUUUAGUUCGUAAAGGUCGUUUAAUGGCUAAGGAAGCAAGGAAAUUUUUCCGACAGAUUAUCUCAGCUUUGGAUUUUUGUCAUGCCCAUAAUAUUUGUCAUCGAGAUUUGAAACCUGAAAAUUUACUUUUGGAUGAUAGAAACAAUAUUAAGGUUGCUGAUUUUGGAAUGGCAUCUUUGCAAGUUGAGGGCUCAAUGCUUGAAACAAGUUGUGGGUCACCACAUUAUGCUUGUCCAGAAGUUAUAAGGGGAGAAAAAUACGAUGGUCGUAAAGCUGACGUUUGGUCUUGCGGUGUAAUCUUAUACGCUUUGUUAGUUGGUGCCCUGCCUUUUGAUGAUGAUAAUUUGCGUAACUUGCUGGAAAAAGUUAAGAAAGGUUCUUUCCACAUCCCUCACUUCGUUCCAGCUGACUGUCAAAAUCUUCUAAGAGCUAUGAUUGAAGUUGAUCCACAAAAACGACUUUCUUUGAGUGAAGUAUUCAAACAUCAGUGGGUUGUUGAAAACUCUAAAGCUGAACUUGAACUUGAAUUACCGAUGGCUCAAGUUGUACAGACUUAUAUAAUACCUAACGAAGAAAAUAUUGACCCAGAUGUGUUUCGACAUAUGAAUAAUUUGGGUUGCUUCAAAGAUAAGGAAAAGUUGAUCCGAGAACUACUUUCUUCAAGGCAUAAUACAGAAAAAAUGGUUUACUUUUUGUUGUUAGAUCGAAAAAGGCGUAGACCUGCUCAUGAAGAUGAAACUGAGGUAAUACUUCGUGGCUCAAAUCUUAGUCAUGAUCCGCCACGGAAACGUACAGAUUCUUCGAGACCUACCAAAUAUCCAUUUGGUUCGAUUAGCGAAGGGUCUCCUAUUAAUCCUCGAAAAACAUAUGGAAGAUAUAGUAGAGGUAGACACUGUUCACUUGGUGGAUCACCAAAUGGCUCAACUCGUUCAUCACCUCGUGAAUCCGUUAGUAGUAGUGUCGGGCCAAUCGUGUCGUCCCCGCGACCAAUGAAUCAGGUAGCGUCACAGAGGGCUGAAGAACGUGGCAGACUUUCAACGCGAUCAAAUAAUUAUCAUUAUUACACUCAACCGGUUGAUCCGCAGGCAUUAGCGGCUGCAGCAAGACGAGUACGUACAAGUAUUGAUGAAAAUCAUCUUCAACAAAGUCCGCGACAUUCACAAGGAAGCUCAAACAUAAUGCUAGAAUCGAGAAUGGGUUCGAAUUUGGGUAUGGGUUCUUCAAACAUAUCCACUAGCAGUCUUAGCACGGGUAUUAUUCCAUUUAUUUUGGAGGAAGAUAAAAUAUUUUUGACUUUUCUUCUUCAGUUGAAGUGCUGUUUAGGUAACACAAUAAUUACUUCAGGACCAUGGCGUCGACUAUCCAAUAUCAAAAAUUCAAUACUUGGAACACCUCGAUUCCAUCGAAGAAAAAUGAGUAGUGGUAGUAAUGGAACUGGUGAAAGUGAUUCUGAAGAAAAUCCAAUGUUGGAAUCAUCUGAUUUGGUGAAAAAAUCGUGGUUUGGGUCGUUAGCAUCAAGCAUUAGUGUUGAACGAGAUGAUGUUCAGACAAUACCAGCUCAUGGCAAAUCAGUAAAUGCAAUUAAAGCUGAACUUAUCCGCGCUUUUCUAACGAUACAUGAACUCAGCCAUUCAGUUGUGGGUCAGAAUUCAUUUAGAGUUGAAUACAAACGUGGGCCAACUGUUGGUGGCAGCGUUUUUUCAAGAGGUGUGAAGAUGCAGGUAGAUAUCGUUCAAGCAGCUCACAGACAAGUACAAACUGAUGAUACAUCUAUGUAUGUUGUUCAAUUUUCGCUUCUUGCUGGACCCGUAAGACGAUUUAGAAGACUUGUAGAUCACCUUACCGCUAUUUUACAAGCUUCGCAACAGAGGCAAUUCAAAUAUUACGACCAUAAUGAUAUGUCAGAUAGAAACGUAGCAAUGAUGGUGCGCCCUAGAAGACUUUCUGAUUCAAGCGUUAGUAGCGCUUGUUCUGAUUCAGAUUCAAAUACGGCAACAUCAAUUCCGCAUGUUCGAAGUCAGAUUGCGGAGAGAGUAGAAACGAAUUCUACGCAUGAUACUUAUACGUUACGUUCAGCAAGCGAUGUGCGCCAUACAGAACAAUCAAAUAAUGGCAUAAAUUUUCAAAGAUCUCGAGGGAGCGUUCUGGCUGCUUAUUUGAAAUCACCAGUACCACGUAGGCGUAAUCCAUCAUUUAUCCUGAAUGCAUGUGGAACCCAUAUGAUAAUAGAGUCUAGAUCCAGUGGUGGAAAAGCUUCUAAGGAAUCACCGAAUACUAGAUCACAUGCUACAAACGAUGCAGAUGAACAUAGCGUAUCAAUUCAAAAUAUGCGCGCAUGCUGUGUUACUACUAAUGAACGCUCACCAGUGAGUUCGCUUAGCACCGAAAGCCGAUCCCAGCCCGGUACUCCCAAGCAACCUCUAAUACCCUCUUGGCGACAGCGUACUUCACAAAUUCCUAUCCUCAAAUCAGAUAAACUUUGA